AUGCCAGGCCUCCUUGUGACUCCAGAGACGGAAUUCAAGACCCUCAAGAUCAAGAAGCUUCAUCCGACUUUUGCUGCAGAGAUUGAAGGGGUCGACUUCAGCAGACCAAUUCCGGACGACGUGUUCCGAGAGAUUCUUGCGGCCUCUGCAAAGUAUGGAGUGAUCGUUUUCCGCAAAACCGGGCUCGACGACACAGGCCACGUCGAAUUCUCUCGUCGGUUCGGUGAGCUGGACGAUAUUAGACCGUAUAUGACGAAUGGCAGAAAGCCUCGGUAUGAAUAUUACGAGCUCUUCGAUGCGGGAAAUAUCGACCCGGAAACCAACUCAGUCUUGAAGCCCGACAGCCCCCGUUCACAGUACAACAAAGGCAACGCCUUGUUUCAUGUCGACUCGUCGUUCAACCCGCGCCGGGCAUCUUAUUCCAUCCUGAAAGCCCAUGAACUACCGCCCCCGGGGACUGGGGGCAACACGGGUUUUGCCGACACACGCACAGCAUUUGAAGAAUUAGAUCCCGAGCUCAAAGCUGAACUGCUGGAGCACGACUAUGUCGGUGCUCAUUCGCUGUAUUCCUCACGCAAAAAGGCAGCGCCCGAGUACUUCAAAGACGUCGAUGUCAACAACUAUCCCAUGCAUAAGCAUCGGAUUGUGCAGAAACACGAGCCAUCAGGUCGAAUGAACCUUUACAUUGCGGCUCAUAUGGACCACGUGGAGAAUGUGUCUGCGGAAAAAUCCAAAGAAUUGAUGGAGAAGCUCAUGGCGCAUGCCACGCAGGAAAAGUACACCUUGAGUAUUCCUUGGAAUGACCCCGGGGAUCUGAUUAUCUGGGACAACACAUGUGUCAUGCACCGAGCCGAGGGCGGUUCAUUUGCUGGGAAGUAUAGGAGGGACUUGAGAAGAACCACUGUGCACGACGCCAGCAGCCAAGCAUGGGGCUUGAACAAGCCUGCGGAUAAGAGGCCGGGUUUUGAAAUUCCGGCACUGUGA